UCAUCAGCCAUGACAAUUGACAAGUCCAUAUAUGCACGACGUCGUUCGAAUCACCUGUCUCUGCAGAAGACUCUAAUUCUACCCAGAGUUGUUGAUUUUUUCCGUCUCAGUAUGUGUAGAAUUAGUCGGUGAACCAAAGAACUUCACAAAUCGGGGCGGAUGAAAAACCCUAAUUGAUUGAUUUGUGUAAUUGAUCAAUCGUGGAGAGAGAGAAGAAAGGUAGAAAAUAUGGGUAGAAUAGCAGUUGCAGUGAUAGUUACCUCGUGGGUCAUCCCCAUCUUCAUCAUCGUCAAUCGCAUUGUCCCUGAUCCUUACAUGGAUGAGAUAUUUCAUGUACCUCAGGCGCAACAGUAUUGCAAAGGAAAUUUCAGAAGUUGGGACCCAAUGAUCACGACUCCCCCUGGCUUGUACUAUGUUUCACUUGCCCAUGUUGCUUCUUUGUUUCCAGGCAUGUUAUGUAUGCAAAUAGCCUCAUUGUUUUCAGAUGUCUGCUCCACCGCCGUUCUUCGCUCCACCAAUGGUGUACUGGCUGUAAUUUGCAGCAUUCUGGUUUAUGAGAUAAUCACCUGCUUGAGGCCAACUCUUGAUGAUAGAAAAGCAACUCUAUAUGCAGUUGUUCUAGCCUUGUAUCCCCUCCACUGGUUCUUCACUUUUCUUUAUUAUACAGAUGUUGCAUCAACUACGAUAGUGCUUUCUAUGUAUCUUGCAUGCCUAAAGAAGAGUUACCUUUUCAGUGCACUGCUUGGGGUAUUGGCCAUAUUCAUACGACAGACAAAUAUUAUAUGGAUGCUUUUUAUUGCAUGUGUCGGGGUUAUAAAUUGUACUGUGGCUGCUCCUCCAAAAAAUAAUGUGCAAUUAGAUGACUCUGAUGUAUCAGUCUUGAAAGAUGGUCAGCUAGCUUCCAAUAAAGGUGUCACAGUGGGCCCCAAUAUGAGAAAGCGAAGUCUUGGUAAUGCUUUGGGUACUGUCAACCAUGCUAUUUCCAGAACACGCACCCCUUUGGUGACACGUUCGUCAGGUUUGUUUAAUGAACUUCAGGACAUUAUUUUAAAGUCAUGGCAUCUUAAGUGGGAGCUGUUGGUUUCCUUUGGUCCCUUCUUCAUUGUGUUGGUGGCUUUUGUCACUUUUGUCCAUUGGAAUGGGAGUGUAGUUCUUGGGGCAAAAGAAGCGCAUGCAGUUUCUCUACACUUUACACAAAUAAUGUAUUUUAGUCUCGUUUCUACUCUGUUUAUGGCUCCAGUUCACUUCACUUUAAGUCGAGCUUCAGUUAUGGUCUGGUCAUUUUGGAAGAACAAACCACUGAGUUUCUUUCAAUGGUCUGUGGCCCUUGCUGCUGGUUUCCUUUCAGUGCAUUUUUUCAGCAUAGCUCACCCUUAUCUUCUUGCUGACAAUCGGCAUUAUACUUUUUAUCUUUGGCGGAAGGUCAUCAAAGCUCAUUGGUCAAUGAAGUACCUUUUGGUCCCUCUUUAUGUUUACUCGUGGUUAUCCAUCUUCAGUAUCUUGGCGAAAGUUCAGAAGAAGAUCUGGGUGGUGUUAUAUUUCUUGGCUUCUGCUGCAGUUCUUAUCCCUGCUCCACUGAUAGAGUUCCGAUACUAUACUAUUCCAUUCUUUUUCUUAGUUCUCCAUUCCCACGUCAAUGAUUACAAGAGUUGGCUGCUGAUGGCAAUCCUUUAUCUUGCCAUCAAUGUCUUCACAAUGAUCAUGUUCUUGUUCCGGUCAUUCCAUUGGGACCAUGAGCCUGGGAUCCAGAGGUUUAUAUGGUAGAUAAAUGCCAAAGUUCGGAAAGCUUCAGGAGAUCCUUACACAAGCCUUCAGCAAAUUACUAUUUGAAGUUUGAACAUCACUUGACUCAAAGAUAUUGAAAAACUGAAAGAACUGGCAGAAAGCCCCUCGCUAUCCCAGCACCCUCGUGGAUUGCAUUGGACAGCAGAGCACUAAGUUUUGGUUUAUGGUUCAAUACUUUUUGGUAAUUUAUGUCCACUGCAGGUUCUGCUACUCAUUAGAUAAUGUUGUUCGGGGAAAACAUGCUUCGUGUUCCUUUGUGGCUGUAAUCAAUUUUCUGGAUGGAUUUGGGUGGGAUUGGAUGUGAAAGGGGAUAUAGAUUGUGGCUGUCAAUUUUGGAUUGGAACAAAAUUGGAACUGGAUUUGGGUACAUUUACUUUGGAAUCAUCAGUUGAAGAAAAUUUGCACUUUGUUAUGUUGGUUAUGUCUUUAGGUUGUACCUGAUCUGGUUUUUUUGCUUUCGGGAUGUUUCCAUAUAUAUUUUAUCUAUACUAGAGCAAAUUUUUUUUUUUUUUUUUUUUUAGAGCGAACUUGGUUGUAUGAAUUAAUCUACUCUGGAUUCUCUGUCCUUUUUGCUUUUCAUUCCAUAAAAAUAAAAAAAAUAAGAGUGUUACAGGUUAA